GGGAACUCUAGAAAUAUUAGAAAACGAAACAAACCAUUAAAAUAAAUAAAUCACUAGAAACACAUUCUUCACAAGAAGAUGAUCAAGAUCCUGCUGUUCAAACGUCCAAACGUCAUUUUGAAGCAGACGUCGAUUUAUGACGACAUUGACGUUCAUGCGAAAAUCAUUAUCGAUGGUACACUGCGCAUGCGCAUCACGGUCCUCGCCAUUUUGUUUGUUGUGCUUGGUUGUUCCGAGAGCAGCAACUAAAUAAAAUAGCGAGCGAUGGACUACGUGGAUGAGGGUAUUGCUUCUAAUGACAGCACACCGGACAUCAAUGUAAAGCCGGAAGUGACAGAGGUUUCUUCAUUUUUCAAAGACCUAAAGAACCUCAAUGGUCAGUGCGUAACUACAACGUGCGUUAGUAGCGCAGCAGACGGUUCUGAAUCUAAAAGUCUUCAAGAGGAUGAUGAUUUUAAGGGAUUAACUUCAGAUAAGGAUUGUGAAGAAACGCAUAAUUGUUCUUUACCGAAAACGGAGUCUGACCUUAGUGAGAUACGGUCUUCGCCGCCGUCAAAUGAUUCGGCAACUGCCGAUUUACAUUUAUCUAAAGAAGCCAUUGAUGGUGAAGUUGAAGAUUUACAUUUAUCUAAAGAAGCCAUUGAUGGGGAAGUUGAACACACUUAUGGUGGAAAUGAAGAUAUUCCUACGGAUUCCAGUGUAAAUCAUAUUCCUGAAAACAAAGAUUUGCUUACAAUUGACAUUGACACAAACGUCAUCGGACACAACUGUUUACCGAAUUCAAAUGGAACACAUGUUACACAUUUAAACAUUUCAAAGAUUUCAGAAAAUGGUCCGAAAGUCCCUUUUCGCAUUGAAGAAAUGCGAAACUCAUUGAAAAAUGUUUUAGACAAGUGUAAGCUGGUUUCAAAAACGAAACCCGGACAUAGUGAGCUUAGUAAAGAGGAAAUUGCAAUCUAUGACUCGAGCAUACAUCAUGAUAACAUAGAGAAAUGUGAUGUAAAAACACAUAAAAAUAUAGAACCAGCACCGAAAGUCAAAAAGAUAGAUUACACUGAUUCUGAGCUUGACGAUGAACUUCUUACGGCAGACGAUGAUGAUGGCAUUGCAAUGGUUAUAGGUAGUGACAAUGAAGAUGCAUUACUAGAUUUAUCAGGAGACAGUGAAGAUAAUAAUUGUUCUCUGUCCCAGGAAGAUGUUAAGGAUGACUUACUAAGUGAUGCAGACAUAUUCAAGAAAACAUGUUCUGAAGUUAGUAAAUCAGAAAGUGGUUUAGACAAAAAAGGUAGUGGCAAUGAAGAUGCAUUAAUAGAAUUAUCAGGAAACAGUGACGCUAAUAAUUAUUCUCUCAGCCAGGACAAUGUAAAGGAAUUCUUGGUAAAUGACAAAGACAUAAAAAAUGCGUGCUCUGAAGUAAGGAAAUCAGAAAGUGGUGUAGAAGUUAUUGAUGUAUCUAAGAAUAAAUUAAUUAAUGAUAAAUUCAAUGAAGAAAGCCUUACUAGCUCAAAUGUUACUAAUCUAAAUAUUAAAUGCAGUGAAACAUAUUUGGAUAAGGAUAAUUGUCAACAGUCAAAUGAAAGCAAUGCAAGUGAGGAAAAGUGUGGCCCAGGAUCUGUGUGUGAUAGCUCAGAUGAACUAAAUGAUACAAAACCAGAUGCCAUAGAAAUACAUUUGUCAGAAAAACAGUGGGCUGUAGAAACAAAUGAAGCUUGUACAAAAGUCAACAUGAUAGAAAAUAAUAAAAAUACUGAUACAACUUGUGAGGCCCAAAACAUAGAUAGUACUGAGAAUAAGUUUGUUCUUUCUGAAGAAGAUGAGGAUGAUGAUGUGAUUUUUGAAGGUGAAAGUAGACUAUCAACUGAUAACAAAGCAUUAAAUUGUUUGAAAGAUGUCUCUAAAACUAAUGACUCAAAGGAACAAAAAUUUAGUGAACUCCAAAAUGUUUCAGGCACUGAAAAUGUGCCAAACGGUGUAUUGACACACGAAGAAGACUUGCAUAAUCAAAGAUUUUCUAAAGAAGUUGUGUGCAAAAAUGGCCGAAUGGAUGCUGAUUCUAAUGUGAUUGAUGGAAAAGAAGUUAAAUCAAUAAAUGCUCCUUCAGAUAAAGAACCAGAAUUUGCUUUUGACAAUGAACUGUUGCAUAAGUCUUAUUCAAAUAUUGAAGAAGCUACUAGUUCGAUAGUUGAUCGUAAAAGACCUGCCAAUUUUGAAAAUUCACAAGAACAUUCAUAUAAAAGAUCAAAAUUAGAAAACGCUGAAGCACUUAGUGACAAGGCUAACAAUUUAGGAAAUCUCAGCCAAAAUCUAGGUACUCAUAAUGAGCCAGUUGAAGUUUCAGACUCAGAUAAUGAAGAAACUGGUGAUGAGUUGACUACAGAUACAGCUCAGGAAUCAGAUGUAGAAAUGGCUACUAGCAAAAAACUUAUAACUAUGACUGAAGAGGAGUUGGAUAAGCUAGUCCGUGAAAAGGUGAAAGCUUAUAUGUUGUCUGAAGAGAAGACUCUAGUUGGAAAACUUACAGCCAAGGUGAAAGAACUUCAGCAGAACAAUGACCAGUGGAAGCGCAAGGUCAAGGACUUACAGGUCAAGGUCAACGAUGUUACCAUUGUGCAGCAAAAAAUGGAGAAAAGGAAGGCAGCAACAGCAGCACUUAGACAAAUAACUACAAGGAAUGUGGCGGUUCAAGUGGAAGAUGGAAAGACUGCCUAUGCAAAGCCUUUGAAGCCUGUGACUCCUGCGACACAGCGGAUGCCCGCGCCCGGCUCCUCACCCCUCACAGGCCAGGGAACCAUACGUCUACCCAUUCCCAACUCUGCACUGGCCAAGCCUGUAGGCUCACUGGGACCCUCACCAUCAGCCAUGAUCAAUGUAUCCACUAAUAUAGACACACCCACUGUGAAGACUCUGUUAGACACUACGCGAGUGCAGCGCACUGUUGGGUCUGCACCACUCACCACCACAACCACCAGUUCCCAGGUGAUCAAUCUUGUGCAAUACCCAUCCAGUAUGCCGGUGAUACGACCAGCCAUCUCUCAGGGCUUAGUCUCUAUCCCCACACAGGCCACAUUGCUAGCACAGCCAUUGAGUAGCCCUGUGGGCAAUCCCACUUCCAAAGUUAUUGAUCUCACUGAUGACGAUGAUGGCUCAAAGUUACGUCUCGUUGCAUCCCAAGGACUCAUUACAUCACCCUUUGUUGCCCAGGGAAUAAGGCAGGUUCUUGCAUCACCUGGUACCCAGAUAGUUUCUCCUGUUGGACAACCGAUGUCUGGUUACCAGCUUUUGGUGGCGUCCACAACUGGUAUGAGGCAGACAAUGGCCUCCCACCUGACGACCACGUAUGUGACCACAGGGGGCCCUCCAGGCCUGGUGAGCCUACAACCUAUGGGUCAGGUCACCCAAGGAACUCUCAUGGCAAGGGCAGCCACUCCUGCAACACCCAACGUAGCUCCAUUGCUCAGGCUUGCUAGUAUGCCUACCCAUCCUGCGCCAUUCCCACCUCUGCCUAUCAACCAGCUAACUUUGGGUCUGAAGCUGCUGCCGCCCAAGCCCACUCUGAGGAUAUCUCGUGGUGGACAGGGUAUCGUGCUGUCAUGGAACAUGCAUCUGACCUCUGAUUUAGCUGUCAUUGCCUCGUACCAGUUGUUUGCCUACCAGGAGACUUCUGCCCCACCAACCCCCAACCUCUGGAAGAAGGUGGGGGAGGUGAAGGCACUGGCCCUGCCAAUGGCCUGCACUUUGACCCAGUUCCAGGUGGGCAACAAGUACCACUUUGCUGUGCGGGCCCUCGACGUGCAUCAGCGGGUUGGCAACUUCAGUGACCCGGGCUCCAUUCACCUCACAGCUGUUGCCCCCACAAGCAAGUAGGCCACAACAAGCAAGUGCUAGGCCACCUUAAUGCAAUUGCCCGUAGACCACAACAAGCAAGUUCUAGGCCACCUCAAUGCAAUUGCCCCCACAAGCAAGUAGACCACAACAAGCAAAUACUAGGCCACCUCAAUGCAAUUGCCCCCACAAGUAAGAAGGCCACAACAUGCAAGUACUAGGCCACCUCAAUGCAAGUGCAAAAGCAAGUUGGCCACAAUAAGUAAGUACUAGGCCACCUCAAUGCAAGUGCCCCUACAAGCAAGUAGGCCACAACAAGCAAGUACUAGGCCACCUCAAUGCAAGUGUCCUCACAAGCAAGUAGGACACAACAAGCAAGUAGGCCAUUUCACAGCUGUGGUCCUUGCAAAAAGUAGGCAAUUCCAGGCUAGCCUCAUGAAGUUCUACGUUUCUUUGUUUAUAUUAUCAGACUACUAAACUGUGAUUUUAUUAAUAAAACUUUUUAACUUACAAAAAUUCAAGGCCCUUAACAAGUGGAGAUGAAUUUUAAAAUGUACAUCGUCAAGAGCAUCAGUUGCAUUAUUGUUCAAUGUAUACAGUUCUAAGAUAACUAAUUGUAAGAAAAGUAGUAUUGAUACAUACAUGUAUAAAAAUUAGAAAUUCUGCUGUAUUAACAUUAUUUCUGAAUUCAUAUUUUAAGAAAAUGAUUGUUUCUGUAUCGUGCAAGUUAGUUACAGUUCUACCUAAUUUAGCAAACGUUUUCUUUUUUACCCUUUUCAUACUUACUUAAUAUUUCCAUAUGUUUAACCUAUGUUUUAUAACAACUAAUUCAGUAACAUAUGGCAUUUUAAAAAUGACUUUCACACAAAAAAACUGGGAUUUCGCUGGUCUUGGUUAAGUGCUUUGAGACAUAGUUUGACCUUGGUAUGCAUUUGGUAUUAUCUCAGGGACCUCAUUAAAUAUUAUGACAGAAAAUCAACUAUACACACAUUUUCUUUAUUUCAAAACAGUGUCAUAUAAGUUUGUAAAAUAAAUUGAUUUAGAGCAUCAAAAUCAUUCACUUAUUCAUGUUGAUGGUUUUGAUUUAUGUAGUCUUUGCCAUUGUACUUAUCAGUUAUCAAAUUAAUAUGUAUGCAGUCAUGCAUGCAACACGCCCAGUCUUGUCUUAAAGGAGCAGCCUAAACUGUUAAAUGUCUACUAAAUAUGGUUUUAAGACCUCUGAUGUUUCAAUCUAAAAGGCAGCCAUUUUGUCUCAAGGGGAACUGAUAUUUUAAUGUUGUGAUACUUGUAUUGUUUUAUGUGUAUAUAAUGUGAACAAUGAAUUUUAUGUGUAUAGAAAGAAUAUGUGUAAAAUGUGUUUGUGUUGUAAGGUAUUUUAUAGAUGUAUUUAUUUUGAAAAUGAAUGAUGACAUAUAUUGUAGUAGUUAGUGUGCGUUUAUACCAUGCCAACAUGGCUCUUCCCUUUCUUAUUUGUCAUUGUUCCCUUUCUUAUUUGUCAUCGUGGAAAUAGCAUACAAUUGUUCUCAUGUUUAAAACAAAAAAAUACCUGGAUGUCUCUUCCCAUUACUCAUGAAUAUUACAAAACAAAAUACAUGGAAGUUUUUCCAUUACUCAUGAAUAUUACAAAACAAAAUACAUGGAAGUUUUUCCAUUACUCAUGAAUAUUACAAAACAAAAUACAUGGAAGUUUUUCCAUUACUCAUGAAUAUUACAAAACAAAAUACAUGGAAGUUUUUCCAUUACUCAUGAAUAUUACAAAACAAAAUACAUGGAAGUUUUUUCCAUUACUCAUGAAUAUUACAAAACAAAAAAUACAUGGAGGUCUCUUCCCAUUACGCAUCAAUAUUACAGGUUUAAUUCUCUUGUAAUUAGAUAUUUAUAUUUUUAAUUAGUGGGUGCCAGUUAAUCUUUCCUAACCAUGAAAACGCUCAAGAGUAUGUUCACAUAUUUGUUGAUAAGUCUUGGCACUUGUAAAUAUUGAAAAUUGUGUUAUUGGUUGGAAUGCUAUGCUUAAAUACAGUAUUGAAUAAUCUACAAAUUAUAAAAAAGUUUUGUUAAUAGGAAUAAACUAUCCCAAAGGUAAUAGCUGGUAUGAAACAUCCCACCGUUGUUUUAAUGAUUAUUCAACAGGUAAAAAUUAUUGUAACCUCUGAUUCAUAGUAAAUUUCAAAAUUCACAGCUUAUGCAUUUAAAUAUUUAAAGAGCUUCCUAUUGUGUUUGUUAUUGAUUGAGUGCUCAUCAAACAUUAACAUUGCAAUGCACUCAGUCUGGGACCUUAAAUCUGACAGGUAAUACUGUGAUUACCGGUGUAUGUAUGAAGUCAGCUUAAGCAAGCUAAAAUCAAUACACUUAAGUCUCUCUAUAUAUAUAUGCUGUGAACAGAUCACGACAGCUCAUAACUUCCUCCUUAUGUAGCUCUAAUUUUAGUGUACUUUGGCCUCCAAAGUGUUAUCCAUUUGUGGUGCAGAUUGUCAGUCUGUACACUACGCUCAAAACCCAGUGUUUCAGUUUAAGAGGUGCGUAACACAAAAAAAUGGUGUGACCAAGUCUUGGAAUGCUGAUAAUUUUUCAUGUUUACGAGAACCACGUAGGAAAGAAAUACAUUUAAAAAACAAAAUUUAUAGAUAUUUGAUUCCAACCUGAUAUUUGAUCCCAACCUGUUAACUUCGCUUGAACUGUUUUGCACUAUUGGUAUGCCUAUAUGCGCGUGUGCACAUUUCAAUAUCUUUUGUACUUCUGUCCUUUUGUUAGCAAUGCAACCUGGUAUUCGUUUUACAGUAGUAACCAUAAUACGGUGCUGCACAAGUAACACAACUUGUUCAAUUUAAUUAAAAGUGUCUAUUUGUUUUAAUAAAUUGUUCACUGUUGGAAGAAUCAUUCAUCCCAAACUAAUAUAAAUUAUUUCCAAAACAAAAACGUCCACAAUACAUGAAUAAUUUUCUUUUUUUAAAGUUGUCUGCUUUUGAAAGUAGAUAUGUUUUCAAAUGUUCUUUCAUCAUGUUAAGUUGCCACUAAUUUCAAUAGUUGUAACAUGUUUUGUAAUUUAGAUAACAUGCUGUAAUGAUUUUUAUCAUUGCUGUAUUAUUAUUUUAUUGUCGUUAUUCAUAUCAUUAUUCGAAAGAAUAAAUCUGGAUAUUUUUAAUACCGGUAUUUGUGUUGUUUUUUAAUUAGCAAUUCCGAUUUAAUUGUAAUGGUACAUUUUCCAACUACCGUCUCAAAUGCAGUGACUGGGUCUUUAUCAAAUUUAUUUUUGUAUUGCUUGAUUGUUUAUUUUAUUGUUAGUCGUAUCCUUUCUAAUCCUAAUUGCGGAUCUUCUGCAACAAAACAAUUAAAUGGCCACACCACGUAUCUGUCACUUUACUGUUUAUUGAUAGAUGUUCGGCCACACAUUACAUUGUGUAUACAUGUUCUUAUAAUGUGAACUCAAUUAUGUGAACAAAUUAUUAUUUGGAAAUAAAAAACAUAUUAUAUACGUUAA